CUAGUGACACAGUUAGAGGCGUCGUGGUACUACGAACCGAUUCUUGCUCGCAAAUUUUUCAAUUCUAUCUCACUGUUUAAUUGUUAAAUAUCUUUAUAAUUGCGAAUAUUUGAACGAAAUGGAACUUGCAUUUUUCUAUUUGAAUCCUCGAUGAUACAGUAAUUCGAUCUGGAGUUAUGUUACUCGCGUAUUUUUAUCACGGUUCGCGCGUUUUUAUCACAGUUCAAAGAAGAUCAUGGGGAUUGAAAACGGUGACAAUAAUUUGAUGGAUAUUGAAAUUUGUCCGUCGACCAGUGGAAAGGACAACAGAAGCAAGGCAGAUGAUAGAAAAUCGUUGCAUUUACCAUGGAUUGAAAAAUACCGACCACAGGUGUUCUCAGACAUUGUUGGAAAUGAGGACACAGUGCAGAGACUCUCAGUUUUCGCUAAAAAUGGGAACUGUCCUAAUAUCAUCAUUGCCGGACCACCAGGAGUUGGCAAAACAACAACCGUACUAUGUUUGGCACGAAUUUUGCUCGGUCCAGUUUUCAAAGAUGCAGUAUUAGAAUUAAAUGCCUCUAAUGAUCGAGGAAUAGAUGUUGUUAGGAACAAGAUUAAAAUGUUUGCCCAGAAAAAGGUAAAUCUACCAAGUGGAAAGCAUAAGAUAAUAAUUUUAGAUGAAGCUGAUAGUAUGACAGAAGGGGCUCAACAAGCGUUACGUAGGACAAUGGAAAUUUACAGCAAUACCACAAGAUUCGCAUUGGCUUGUAACAAUAGUGAGAAAAUUAUUGAGCCUAUUCAAUCACGUUGCGCGAUGUCUUCCUAUACCGACGACGGUUUAGAGGCCAUAGUGUUCACUGCCCAGGGUGAUAUGAGGCAAGCAAUGAACAAUUUACAGUCCACACACAAUGGCUUUGGCCAUAUAAACAGUGCAAACGUUUUCAAAGUAUGCGAUGAACCACACCCGUUAUUAGUUAAGGAAAUGCUCGAACAUUGUAUAGAAAGAAAUAUAUGUAAAGCUUAUAGGGUAAUGGAGUACCUGUGGAGUAUGGGAUAUUCUGCAGAAGAUCUGAUUGGCAACAUAUUUCGAGUUUGCAAAAAUUUACCUAUUGAGGAGAAAAUAAAAUUAGAUUUUAUACGAGAAAUUGGUAUCACUCAUCUGGGAAUAGUGGAUGGGAUCAGCAGCUUAUUGCAAAUGAACAGCCUUCUGGCACGACUUUGUUGCAGAGCUUCGGAAUUGAACAAAUCCUAAUAAUGAAAGAUAUGAUCGUGUGUGAGUGGACGAAUGUAUAACGUUAAAAAAGUCUAUUUCGACUAGUAAAAGGAGAUUAAAAUACCUAGAAG